AGUGCCGCAGUGGCCGCUGAGCCCGUUCCAGCGGCUGAUGUUGAUGAACAAAUUGUUGAGCGUCCCCGCCAGCAGUCGGUGGAUCGAAGCUUGGUCGUGUUCCUCUGGCUCUUGGUCUAUAGCUUUCUCAUGUUCACGCUGCCCUUCCUGGGCUUUUAUGGUGUGCAGAGCUGGCUGCAAGAAUCCUAUCCCGCGCUGAGCGUCUUCGAGGUCAACUGCUAUUCCGUGCUGACCGCCGUCCUGGUGGUCAACGCUGUGGUGGCUCUGUACGUGCUGAAGGCAUUCCGCGAGAAGGAUGCGCCCACAUUGGAGGAAAUCGAGCAGAAAGAAGCUGAGCAGAAGAAGGGCCAGUAAAUUAGUGUUGAAUCAACUAAAAUAAAAGUACAUUUAACACA